CAUCAAUUACUCCCUUCCAACUCACUCUUUUCAAUUUCCAUUUCCAUAUAUAUAUACCCAUCAACCUCCUUCGAUUUCUCAUCAUCGUCAUAAUCAUAAUCAUAUUCAUAUUCAUAUUCAUAAUCAUAGUCAUGUCUUCUGAUCUCUCCAAUAUUCUCCCUCGUGUUCUAAUUGUUUCGAGGCGCACCGUUCGGAAGAACAAGUUCGUUGAUUUUGUUGGUGAGUAUCACCUUGAUCUUAUAGUAGGAUAUGGUGCAGUACCAGUGAUUGUUCCACGUGUUUCUGGGGUUCACACCUUGUUGGAAAGCUUUGAGCCAAUUCAUGGUGUUCUUCUCUGUGAAGGAGAAGACAUUGAUCCUUCAUGGUAUGAACAAGACACCACUGAUCUGUCACAACAAGAGUUGGAAGAAAUAAGGAGGAUCCAUGCAAGUGACACAGCCAUUGAUAAAGAGAAAGAUUCAAUUGAGCUUAGUCUUGCAAAGCUUUGCUUAGAGAGGAACAUACCCUACUUGGGAAUAUGCAGAGGCUCACAAGUUCUUAAUGUUGCUUGUGGGGGUACCCUUUAUCAGGACAUAGGUAAAGAGCUUUCAAAGAAUGUUCCUUUGGAACAAAGAGUGAUUCAUAUGAACUAUGAUGACUAUGAUGGACAUAGGCAUGUGGUGAAGGUUGUUGAAAACACACCUUUGCAUCAUUGGUUUAAGGAUUCUUUGGAACAAGGGGGAAUGAAUAUUUUGGUAAAUAGUUAUCACCAUCAAGGUGUUAAGAGAUUGGCACAACGUUUUGUUCCCAUGGCAUUUGCCCCUGAUGGUUUGAUUGAAGGGUUUUAUGAUCCUGAUGCUUAUAAUCCAGAAGAGGGUAAGUUUAUCAUGGGGUUGCAGUUUCAUCCUGAGAGAAUGAGGAAGCCUAAUUCAGAAGAAUUUGAUUAUCCUGGAUGCCCUUUUGCUUAUAAGGAAUUUGUGAAGGCAGUGAUUGCUUAUCAGAAGAAGUUGAAUAGCUUAACAUGUGUUAAGAAGCCUUUGAAGCUUAAUCAGGAGAUGGAGAACAAAAGAAAAGUUAUAGUGCGUAGUUUCUCACUAGCCAAAAACCUCUACAAUGCUGGCCAUCAUACAAACUCCACCAAAGAUUCUGAUCUUGAAGCUGGGGCACAAUUUCUUGAGUCAAACACAGCAUUGAGUGUGCAACAAGAGAAAAGGCUAAAGCAAAUGGGUGCAACAGUGAGGAAUGCAGGGUCAUACAUAGAGAGAUUGAAGCUGAAUCAAGAAAGAGAGAAAUUGGCAAGAAAGGUUAUGGAAAAAAUGUCUGUGGAACAAUUAUCUGAUCUACUGUCAUUCUACAACUCAAUGGGCCAAAUUUGCAAUGAAGUUUUGGAAAUUAAGAUUCAUGGUCUUGAAAUUGUCAAUGAAAAUGAGUGUGUAUUAUAGCCCAUGAUUUUGUUGACCAUGGUUGGUGUAAAUGUAUUAAGUUAGGUGUGUGCUUUUAAAUCUGAAUUAGGUGAUGUGAUCUUUAUUUUUUUGGUGGGGUUUUGAUGUGUAGAGAAAAUUAAAUGAUGAAAACCAA